GGUAAUGACGUCGGAAUAUAUAUGUACGUGCAAGGUGCAUUUUUGUAGGUAAUCUGAGUUCAAAAUAUUCAUUUCGAAGAUCGUCGGGCACAUUUCACUUAACCACUGAACUUGUGUGUAUGUGUGCGUAUAGUGUAAAUACGUGUGCGCGUGUGUGUGUGGACUACGUGACAUUUUCGAAAUAUGGGAUGGACGGCCAUCGUUUUAUAAAAUACGUAAACAAUUAUAUUUUUAGCGUUUAAUUACUUUCAUUUUGACAUAAUUUUUAUUUGUUUUAACAUAAAGCAAAUCGCCUGGUAUUUUAAUUUGGUGAAUUAUUACGACAAAAAAAGUAAUACUUAUAAUAAUAAGUAAAAAUAAGAAUUAAUCCCAACAUGAGUGGAAAAAGAGAUGUACAUGACAUAAAAUGUAAAUUAGAAAUCGACGAGCCAAAACAAAAAGAAUGUCCAGAGGGAAAAUUUAUUGAUCCAGCCAGCUUAAUGGAAAAAGGAAAAUUUGUUUUUAAAGUUCCUCCUGAAGCUCCUGUAUUUGAACCAACUACUGAAGAGUUCAAGGAUCCUUUAAAAUACAUUGCAAAAAUUAGAAGUGUAGCUCAAGAACAUGGAAUAUGUAAAAUACGACCACCUCCUGAUUGGCAUCCACCAUUUUGUGUAGAUGUUGAUAAUUUUAAAUUCACUCCUAGAAUUCAAAAACUUAAUGAAUUGGAUGCUAGCACUCGUGUAAAGUUAAAUUUUUUGGAAAAAAUUGCAAAAUAUUGGCAUUUACAAGGUGUUCGAAUGAAAAUACCAGUUUUAGAACAAAGGGCUGUAGACUUAUAUUCCUUAUACAAAAUUGUGGAGUUUGAAGGUGGUUAUACUAAAGUCUGUGCUGAAAAAAAAUGGAGCAAUGUUGCAAAUCGUAUGGGCUAUAUAUAUGAAAAACCAUCUGGUACUGUCUUAAAGGGUCAUUAUGAAAGAUGGCUCAACCCGUUUGCACUUUUUAAUGCUACUAUUAAAGAUGAACUUUAUUAUAAACCAGUAAAAAGAGAAUGUGAUAUUGAAAAUAUUAAAGAAGAAAGUUCUUCGACUUCUAGUUCUCCAAAUAAACGAGCAAGAUUAAAUCUUGAUGACGAUAAAGAUUCAGAUGAUUACAUAAAAGAUCCAUUUUAUUUAAUGGAAAACAAGGAGUUAAGAAAAUUGCAAUUUUUUGGAGCUGGACCUAAAAUGGCUGGAUUUAGUUCAAAAUGUAGAAUUGGACAUUUAAAGUCCAAAGAAUCCAAAAAAUCUAAAAAAAAUCGUAAAGUAGUAGUAGAUGAAUUAGCAAAAUAUUAUUGUCAAAAAUGUGGAAGUGGUAAAUCUGAAGAAACUAUUUUAAUUUGUGAUGGAUGUGAUUUAAGUUUUCAUAUGCAAUGUUUAAUGCCUCCAUUAACUAGUAUACCCAAGGGUGAAUGGAGGUGCCCUAAAUGUGUAGCUAAUGAAGUAAUUAAGCCUAGUGAUGCUUUUGGAUUUGAACAAGCUCAACGUGAGUAUACCCUUCAACAAUUUGGUGAAAUGGCAGAUCAGUUUAAAUCAAAAUAUUUUAACAUGCCUGUACAUCUUGUACCAACAGAAAAAGUUGAGCAAGAAUACUGGAAAAUUGUGUCAUCUAUUGAUUCUACAGUUAUAGCUGAAUACGGUGCAGAUUUACACACAAUGGAUCAUGGAUCUGGAUUUCCUACUUGUCUUGCAUUAAAUGGUAAUGAAGACAACACAUUCUAUAAAUCUUAUAUUGAAGAUCAUUGGAAUUUAAAUAAUAUUCCAAUAUUAAAAGAUUCUGUUCUAAGUCACAUCAAUGCAGAUAUAUCUGGAAUGAAAGUUCCUUGGAUGUAUGUUGGUAUGUGUUUUUCUACAUUUUGCUGGCAUAAUGAAGAUCAUUGGAGUUAUUCUAUUAACUAUUUACAUUGGGGUGAACCUAAAACAUGGUAUGGUGUCCCAGGAGAUGCAGCUGAAGCAUUUGAAGAAGUUAUGAAAGAAACAACUCCUGAACUGUUUCAUUCUCAACCAGAUCUUUUACACCAAUUGGUAACCAUUCUUAAUCCCAAUAUAUUAAUGAAAGAAAAUGUCCCUAUAUAUCGAACAGAUCAACAUGCUGGUGAGUUUGUAGUUACCUUCCCUAGAUCAUAUCAUACUGGAUUCAAUCAAGGAUAUAAUUUUGCUGAAGCUGUAAAUUUUGCUCCAGCUGAUUGGAUUUCUAUGGGCCGAGAAUGUGUUAAUCACUAUUCAUCUCUUAAAAGAAUUUGUGUUUUUUCACAUGAUGAACUUAUUUGCAAUAUGGUUAAUUCAUGUGAAAAAUUAGCUCCUAAAGCAGCAGAACUUGUGUAUGAUGAUUUAGCAAAAAUGGUUAAAUUUGAAAGAGUACACCGCAAAGCAUUAUUGGAUUGGGGUGUAACUGAAGCAGACUUUGUUGAAUUUGAACAUCAAGUAGAUGACCAUAGACAGUGUAUAGUAUGCAACACUACUCUCUAUAUCUCGGCAGUUUCUUGUUCAUGUGACCCAAAUAAACUAGCUUGUUUAAGGCAUUUUAAACAGCUGUGUAGUUGUCCAGCUCAGAUGCAUGUGUUCAAAUACAGGUAUACAUUAGAUGAAUUCCCACCAUUAUUGAGGAAAGUUAAAGCUCAAGCUGAAAUGGCUUAUGACGAAUAAUUAUUGACUUAAGUAUAAAUGUUUAAAAUGGUAGCUAUUUUUUUUUCUAAUGAUUAUUUAUUAUUUUACAAGUAUAUAAUGAUUAGAUUCAGUAUGAUUGUGUUAUUUUAUAUAUUUUUGUAUCUUUUAGGUAUAUAAAGUAUAUAUGUAUAUAUAUAUAUAUAUAUAUAUGUAUGUAUAUAUAUAUAUAUUUUUUUUUUGUAUGCCUUGUAUUUCUCUACAGUAUUCUGAGAUAAUUAUGAAAAAAGUCAAGUUUUUUUUAUUCAAUUGAAGACAUAUUUAUAAACAAAAUGUUAUUGUGUUAUUUAUGUAUUAAUAAUUACCAUUAAUGAAUUGUGUAUAUUUUUAAUAUUUGAUGUACUACUUCGAUUUUUUUUUUUCUUAUUGAAUUAUUUGCAAUGUAUUUCUGACAGUUAAUAUUAUUAUUUAUUUUAGUACAUCUCUUAAAAUAUUAUUUGUAAGACUUUCCCAUUGAUGUUGAUUUUAUUUAGCAUGAACAAAGAAAUAUUUUCAAAUUAAGUAUUAAUUAUACUUAAUUUUAUUUUUAUUAACUAUGAAAAUUUUUCAUUAAGUAAUAUUUUUUAAUUUUAUAGCUAAAUUAUCUAAUUUUGUAAAGCUGAUUUUAAACAGUUAAUGCAAAUAAUGUUUACGCCUAAAGCAUCACUGGGAGAGUAAAAAAAAAAUUAUUUUAUAAUCAAUUAGAGCAAAUUAAGCCCACUUGAUCUCUUAAGUAAACAACAUUGUAUGAUUUUGUUACAAUAUGUUUGAAUAGUGUGAUUUUUUUCUUUUAUUUGUUUUAAAAGGUAGUUUUAAGUUCCUAUGUAAAUAAUUACUUCUUUUUAUAUUACCUAAUCUAUUAUCUUCCUUUAUCAUAUUUUUUUAUUUUGUUUGUUUCACUAAGAUAUUUGAUUUAAAUUUAAUAAAAAUUACUAAACUUAAGACUUGUAAA